GAGAACUACAUAAGUUCGUAUGUUUGGAAUAUAACAAUGUGCUGACUAUAUACCUUCUAUAGUGGUGUAUAGGUACCGCGUAGCAUGCAUGCUGUCAUAAUCAACAGUCUGCAAAACAGGAAACAGUAUCUGUUUACGUCAAUAUGUUAAACCAGUUGUUUCCUAUAGAGAACACACAGUAGGGGCUGAUAUAGAAACUGCAUGUUCGGAAGUUAAGUGAUUUUGAGUCAAGUCGUGAUCAAACAACAUGGGGAAUACUGUUACUGGAGAAGUUCAUAGAGACCAACGCAUUUCAAGCAUCGAAAACUUGAAACAGAUUCCUUUCAUUGAAAAUGGCCACGGACGAAAGAAAAGGUCAAUCAUAUUUAGCAGUUCGACUUGGAAACGAUUGGUCGAGUCAACAAGAAGGAAAGGCGGCAAAGGUUCCAAGGUCAACCCGUCACAAUCGUAUCCUGAUGGAACUUUUUACCAAACACACAACGGUAAUGUGCUAUCCCGCCACCCAAACGGUCUGCCAUCUGGACACAAUAAUAGCAUCAAGAAGUCGCAAUCUCUGUACGUGAUUAACACCAAAAGCGGUGUUGUAGACACUAAGCCUGUAUACCAGCAGCCAAAAGAUGAAAAAGUAGACCUGAGCAAUCAAACAAAAGGUGGAAACGCAAACACCAAUGACCGUCUUGGUCUUCGACAGGAUAAGGUCCAAUCUCGGGAUAACAAUGAGAUUCGGGCAAAAAGAAACGAUUCUAUUAAAGGAAUCAAAGAAGAUGCCGAUAGCAGGACCCAGGUUGUCCAGAAUAACAAAACCUCUCGCGAUGCAAAACAGGCGAAUCCUGCUGCUCCGCCACGCAAAGUCGUCAUUCAGGCCUCGACGCCGGAGUUGCUGCGUUGCUUGGGCGAAUUUAUUUGUCGCCGAUGCCGCAGAGUGCCGGAUAUGGAGCCAAGUGAUGUGAUUACAUGGCUUCGUGGCGUGGAUCGUUCCCUGCUGCUACAAGGCUGGCAAGACAUUACUUUUAUAAUGCCAUCGAGCGUCGUGUUUGUGUACAUGCUCUGUCGCGAGAUGGUGCCAGAGAGCACGACCUCUGUUUUCGAAGUACAGUGUAUCGUGUUGACGUGUUUGUACAUGAGUUACUCGUACAUGGGAAACGAGAUCUCGUAUCCUCUACGACCGUUUCUAAUCGAGCACGAACGGUACGCAUUUUGGAAUCGCUGCUGCCGCAUCAUGGACAAGUUAUCCGGAAAGAUGCUGCGCAUAAACAACGACGCACAAUUCUUUACAUCAGUCUUCCGCGACCUGAAAGCGUACAGUGGACCCACUGCUCCAAGUGCUCACCACCAGCCUUCCCGACCUGUCCAGCCACACCGAUCAUUAAGUAUGAGAGCUAUUACUGUUGGUGGAAGUGCACGGUGACCUGUAGCAACGUUCGUAAACUGUCCAACUUAAAGCCAAGUGUACGGCCAAGCGCAUCUUUACAAAACUGAGCGUUGGGACUAAGAAAGCUGAAGCGACGAACACCGAGAUCGGCUUUUCGGUCGAAGUUUCAGCAGCGUACGCUUUAUAACUCGAUUUCCAGUGUGAACAAAACCGCAUUGUAUUCCUUGUGUUGUAGACAAGUCGAUAUUAUUUUACCGUUCUUUCCCCGAAUUCAAAAUACGGUUCCUUACGUUAUCUUCAAAUAUUUUAUCUAAACGAGAAUCUGAGGGGUGCUGGACCGGCCCUCGGCCUCCAAAGUGCAAAUUUUAUGCCAGUUUUACUCGAAAAACGCUGGCCUGGUUUUUGUGCGAACAAACUGCGCCUGGUUUUUAGGGCGUGGGAAAAUUUAAAACGACACUGUGUCUAGUUCUAUUGCACGACCACCCAUCGCGAGUCCCCGAAAGGCAAGUUCUCCUACUAUGACAUGGGAACAUGCCGAAAUGCAAUUUAAGUGUGGUUGAUCGCGCAUCUUCGAGAUGUUUUCUUCACAAUGUAUUGUUUUUGUUUUUCGUGUCGUACCAUUAACUAUGAAAUAAAUAAAAUUUACCAAAGACAAA